UCUCUGUGCAGCCGCCGUACGGCCUGUCGGCUGUGCCGUGCGGCCGCCGCCAUGGAUUACCGCGCUGAGGUGAUGAGGCAGGCCGUACCGGGGCAGUUCGAUGACGCGGAGUGCUCCGACGGUGACCUUGCAGAAGAUGCAGAAAUAAUUCAGGAAGAUGAGUUUGUUGAGAAAUGCCGGUCAAGCUUGUGCAAAGGAAUCAACAUGAAGAAAGGAGAUAGUGAUGAUGACAGUGUUGAUGAAGAGGAAGAAGAAGAAGAAGAUGAUGAUGACUGGGACUGGGAUGAUGAGAUGGGAAGACUCAUGAAGUGCCACACUGCUGCUGGAUGCAAUCAGCAGGCAAAUAGGCAGACCCCUAGUUGCUAUUCAGCAAAAAUGUCUACCCCUACAGACAAGGCUUUGAGGAAAUUUGAACAUAAAAUUAAUUUAGAUAAGCUGAAUUUUGAUGACUCUGUUAUAAACAGAGUCACAGAAAAGUCUAGACAGAAGGAAGCAGACAUGUGCCGAGUCAAAGAUAAGUCAGACAGAGCAACGGUAGAGCAAGUGUUGGACCCAAGGACCCGAAUGAUUCUGUUCAAGAUGCUGAGUAGAGGUGUCAUAUCAGAGAUCAAUGGCUGCAUCAGCACAGGGAAAGAAGCUAAUGUGUACCAUGCCAGUACUGCAAAUGGAGAGAACAGAGCAAUAAAGAUUUACAAAACCUCUAUUUUGAUGUUCAAGGAUCGGGAUAAGUAUGUGAGCGGUGAGUUCAGAUUUCGUCAUGGAUAUUGUAAAGGCAACCCAAGAAAAAUGGUGAAAACAUGGGCUGAAAAGGAAAUGAGGAAUUUAAUAAGGUUGAACACAGCACAAAUACCUUGCCCAGAGCCAAUUAUGCUAAGAAGUCAUGUGCUUCUCAUGGGCUUUAUUGGUAAAGGAGAUAGGCCUGCUCCUCUGCUGAAGAAUGCUCAGUUAUCUGACUCGAAAGUCCGGGAGCUGUACCUGCAGAUCAUCCAGUACAUGAGAAGAAUGUACCAAGAUGCCAGACUUGUUCAUGCAGAUCUCAGUGAAUUCAAUAUGCUGUACCACAGUGGGGAUGUGUACAUCAUUGAUGUCUCUCAGGCAGUGGAGCAUGACCACCCACAUGCAUUGGAGUUUCUGCGAAAGGAUUGUGCCAAUGUUAAUGGCUUUUUCCAGAAGCACAAUGUUGCAGUGAUGACUGUGAGGGAACUGUUUGAGUUUAUUACUGAUCCUUCUAUCACAAGUGAGAACAUUGAUGACUAUCUGUCAAAGGCAAUGGAAAUAGCAUCAAAAAGAACAGAGGAGGAGAGAUCCAGCCAAGAUAAAGUGGAUGAGGAAGUGUUCAAGAAGGCUUACAUACCUCGAACUUUGACUGAAGUUAAAAACUAUGAGAGAGAUGUGGAUAUAAUGAUGAAAUUGAAAGAAGAGGAUUUGGCAUUGUGUGUUCAGCAAGAUAAUAUUCUCUACCAGACCGUGACAGGAUUGAAGAAGGAUUUGUCUGGUGUUCAGAAGAUUCCUGCACUUCUAGAGAAGAAGACGGAUGAGUCAGAAACAGGCUCUGAUGAUGAUGGUGGCAGCUCAGAGGACUCUGAGUCAAGCUGUAAAGAAUUUCGGCAUCCCAAAGAUCUUUCUGCUGUAGUUGCUAUGGAUAAAAAGGAGAGGAAAAAGAUGGUUAAAGAAGCCCAAAGAGAAAAGAGAAAAAACAAAGUCCCAAAGCAUGUGAAGAAGCGGAGAGAGAAGACUGCGAAAAUGAAGAAGGGCAAAUAAGAUCAACUUUGGCUUGGGAAAAGGACUGAUUUGUUUCUAGUUAAUGAGUCACUUUCUUUUAUAAUUAAAAAUCCUUUAUUUACGUCAUACAGUACUAACUGUGAGGGUGGUCUCAGUGGCAGUGUGGUGUGAUUAUUUGACCAGACUUUAUGCUGUGGCUCUAGCAACAGGAAGGAACAAAUUCAACGCAUUUGAGCUUUUAAAAAUCCUUCUCAAGAUUCAGCUUGUUGUUAAACUCGCAUUGAUUUGUUUGUGGCAUCUUCGUCUCCUGUCUUACACUGUGUGUGUGCUGGUUCAUUUUGUUCCAGAGCGUUGAUUUGAUUCAAACAGAUUCUUGGAGGAGGGGGGAACAACAAAGAUGGGAAAACUACUUCAAGUAAAGGCCUGUGCUUCUGUGCUGUGAAGGCAGCAACUUAAGCUAGCUGUCUUCUGCAGGCUGUUGCAGCUAUCUGCAGGUAACCUUGCUGCCUCUAUGCUUUCAUCACCUUUUGAUGUUAUCUUGCUGAAAGCUGAAUUUCAUGAUUUGGGAUGCAACUUUUCUCACUGCCCUGUUCCCUUUUGAAGCAACCAGACAGGCAUGCCUAAACAGACUAAAGCUGUGAUAUUUCUGUGUGUGUUGACCCCAGCAUGGGGCAGUGUUGCUCUUAAGGAAAGUAGGACACACCUUUUUGUAGGCUGGCCAAAUGAAUAUUGGACAUCAAGAUUGCAUUUGUUCAAAUUCAGGGUGGAAAAGCUGUCGUGGGAGCUGUUUGUGGUGUGCCUCAGCACUACCAGUCCAUGUGCUAAGGUGCAUAUAGGGUGGAGCUGGCAGAGUUUGAAGAGUCCUUUGUGUUGGAGCAAAGGUGCCGUAUUCAAAACAUCCCACCUCUUCUCAUGGCAGCAACUUGGGCCGCUGAGGCUGACAGAAGCCUUGAGAGAGGUGUCGUCCUUGUUCAUCAGUCACCUUUCCCUGCUGUCAACAGUUUCAGGACUCCCUGUGCCAACACAGACAAGGGCUCUGAGUUCAGU